AGUUGCGUCGACCGUAGACGCGCGAGCGCGCGCGCCGGGCCGGCGACAAAACGCACACGUAACCGUACGCCGGCAGCCGAGAGUCGUGUAGCGCGCGCGCCCAAGUAAUAAACCGUGUCGCGUGUAACGGAGUAACGCGUGGUGCUUGGUGCGUGUUGCGUUGUACGUAGUGUGGUUGUGCGUGGUUCGCGGCGCGUGGUGUGUGGUUCGCGGCGCGUGGUGCGUGGUGCGUAGCGAGUGCAGUGCGUGUAACGUGUAUUAUAUUGUGCGGUGUGCGACCGGUCACGUGCAGUAUACGCGUGAACGAUGAACCGCGCGUAGCCGCCACCGCAGCGGUCGCCGUCGUCGGACCGGACCGCCGCCGGUGGUGACCGCUACCGUGGUUGCGCAGCGACGCCGUCAUGGAACGGAAACGGAGUGGCCGGCGGUAUUACAACAAGCGGAAAAAGACGUGGACGCAACAGUGCAAGGACUACUUGCGACAGUUCAUAGCUUUCCUGUUCAGCAACAUCGGCAUCAUUUGCCUGGUGGUUGGCUACACGAUCGCCGGCGCGUUCAUGUUCAUCUUCAUUGAGGGUGCUCCGGGCAACGCCAUAGCGGUCAUCGAUCGGGUGGGAGCGAACCGCAGUGGGACGGCGGACAGGAUCUGGGACAUGGUGUGUUGCAACGCGUACUGCGAAGACGAGUGGAAGCAAGAGGUGCAGGUGCAUCUCCGGUCGUUCCAGAGCCACGUCAUCGAGGCCGUCCGCAACUUCAGCUACGAGGGCCCCAACAAGCAGAUGACCCGAUGGUCGUUUUCCGGAUCGUUCCUCUACUCGCUGUCCGUCAUCACCACCAUAGGCUACGGGAACGUGACUCCGCGGACGCUGCUCGGCAAACUGGCCACCAUAUUGUACGCGAUCGUGGGCAUGCCGUUGUUCCUGCUGUACCUGUCCAACAUCGGCGACAUCCUGGCCAAGAGUUUCAAGUGGAUAUAUGCGAAAUGUUGCCUGUGCCGGAACUGCAAGAAACGCCGAAAGCGCAUGUUGGCCAUACAGCGGAAGGAACAGUGGAAGAUGGAUAUGCGAGACUUCAAACUGAACACCGGCGUGCUCACUGAGGGUGAAGAGAGCGACGACGAGGGCACGACCGAUGGAAGUUCCUCGUUAAGCUUCAACGACACGCAAGAGGUUACUGUGCCCAUCUCUUUGUGUCUAACCAUAAUGGUCGGGUACAUAUCCGGAGGCGCCAUACUAUUCUCCAAAUGGGAGUCCUGGGAGUUCUUCGACGGGUCGUACUUCUGCUUCAUAUCGCUGAGCACCAUCGGGUUCGGCGACUUCGUGCCAGGCAACAGCAUCACCGGCUCCGGCACCAGCAUCGGUACAGGCACCAGCACUGGUACUGGUACGGGUCCCGGUAACCGCGGCAGCGCCGGUACCGUCAUCGAGCUGAGCUUCAUACUGUGUUCCAUGUACCUGAUGCUGGGCAUGGCCCUGAUCGCCAUGUGUUUCAACCUGAUGCAACAGGACGUCGUGAUGAAAAUACGAACGUGCACGGACAUUGUGCGGAGGAUCGGCAGGUGUAAAAACUGAUCUACAACACACCGUACUCCGCAAACGAUGCGCAACGGUCCGCGUAAGUACGCGCGAAUCCAGAGUCGAGGAGGACACAACUGCAAUGGCGUACCUACGUGGUUCGUGAUAUUUUAUUGUUGAAACAUUAUAUUGCGUCGUUGUAGAACUGACCAAACCAUCAUCAUCGGUAGUCCUAUUCAGCUACACUUGGCCGUCAGCGCCCGGGAUUUGACUGCCGACGGAAACCGGAACGGACGCCGAUUAAGUUUAACGCAUUUUUUAUUGUACUAUUUUUAGAUUUUUGUAAUGAAUUUUAUCGUAUUUUUUCCCCCAUGUUUUGUUUUGUUCCACUUACCCCGUUCGUGUAAAUAAAAGUCGUCGUUAUGUUUUACUUUA